CAGGUUAUUGCAGCGAGUCGAGGAAGAGCUUGAAGUGCUUGGCGAUCUGCAACGGAGGGGAAAAGAAAACAACCUUGUUGUUUUUGUUGAUGUGCUUCACUUAGCCAACGGCGACGGGCGCAGUGAGAUACAAAGCGGAAGUCAUGAAGCAGCUGCCCGCAGAUACCGUGCGGCUCUUGUCCAGCUCACAGGUCAUCACUUCGAUGACCAAUGUAGUGAAAGAACUGCUUGAGAACGCACUCGAUGCUGGAGCUUCAAUCAUUGACAUCAAACUGGAGAACUACGGCCUGGAUCGAAUCGAGGUUCGCGACAACGGCAGUGGAAUAAAAGCCGCCGACGCCCCUGUCAUGGCCGUGCGCCAUUUCACCUCCAAGAUCCAUAGCCACGAGGACCUGGAGCGCCUCCAGACGUACGGCUUCAGGGGCGAGGCGCUUGGCUCUGUUUGCGCCGUGGCAGAGGUUACCAUCACUACCAAGAGCGAGAACGAUGACAUCAGCACCCAGUACUCUCUUAACGCCCAAGGCAGUAUCGUUUCUCAGAAGCCAACUCACUUUGGCCAAGGUACAACGGUUAGCGUCAUGAAACUUUUCAAGAACCUUCCCGUGAGACGACAAUACUAUUCGUCGGUGAAGAGGUGCAAGGACGAAUUGAAAAAGAUGCAGGACCUGCUGGUGGCCUACGCCAUCAUAAAACCCCAGUUGAGACUCACACUCGCACACAACAAGGUGGCGGUGUGGCAGAAGGCCAAGGCGGCCGACCGCAAGAGCGCCCUCCUGGCUACGCUGGGCUCCAGCACACUUGCUAACCUGCUCCCGUGUCACCAUCGUCAAGAGCAAGCAGAGAUUCUUCUGGAGGGUUUUUUCCCCAAGCCGGGAGCAGACGUCGCUUUGACCAGCACUUGCGUUCCAGACAAAACGUUCAUAUUCGUCAACGAUCGACCCGUCCACCAUAAGGACAUCAUGAAGCUACUUCGCCAACACUACGCCGCGCAGUAUGCGGCGGACGAGUCGGCGCAAAAGCGCUACCCUAUCCUGACGCUGGAAAUCACCGUUUCCCCCUCGGCGGUAGAUGUCAAUCUCACGCCUGACAAGACCCAGGUUCUUCUCCACAACAAGGAAGCCUUGUUUACCGCCUUGGAAGCACUGCUGGUUUCGCUCUACGGGUACCGGCCCGCUUGCCACGCUCCGGCCGAGCAGAUCGGCCGCGGUACCUCAUCUUUGCCAUCUGCCGCCGGAGAACCGGAGGAUGCCACCGCGCCACCGAGCGGGCGGGCUUCCGACGGUAGCUCCUCGGCGCCGGAGGACCGGAGUGUCGGCCGGGCGCCCGACGGAUUCGAUUCCAACUUCUCUCUGGGUGAUGACCAAACUGGACACGUGCCAAGUGAAGUCCCCGAAGAACUCGAGGCGGACGCGAGCGGACCGCGCAUAUCGGCGGAAGACUGGAGUAGGGGCACGGCGCUGACAGACCCGGUAUCGGGAGAGCCCCUGCAGCCGGUCAGAAUCCAUCAAGCCGCCGAGCAGACGGAGACAAACAAAAAGACGUUCAACGUCAUCACAGAAAAGCGAGCGGCUCUGACCGCCUUUGACCUCAUCAGCAACCGGACGAUGAGAGCGCCGCUGUCUCCCGCCGCCCUGUUUGAGAAGGAAGCUCGCGUGGAAGUUCUGAGGGGGAAACCGAGCGCCAGCCUAAAGGAGAUCAGCGACGCCAUCGACGACAGGUGGAAGAAGCUCGUGGAGGACGAGCGCAAGACGUAUGAGGAGAAGGCCCAAAAGCACCAGGAGCACCACCAGCGCACUUGCGCUGCCAAACUAGCCGGCGGUUGGAAAGAGAAGCGCGGCAGCCCCGCUCUGGCUCGGAAGCGCAAGACGCCGCUGUCCAACCAGCAGCUGCUGGACGAGCUCUUCUCAGCUCCGCCGCCUCAGAAGAAGCCCCGGAGCCCGAGUCCGAAGCCCUGGCAACCCCUCCCUUGUUGCGUGUCCGGCCUGGGCGCACGGCUCCGGCGCCUCUGGGCGACCCGGAACACGGCGCCGCCGCCGCCGCGGGGCCUCCGACUUAUAAACCGACUGCCCUCUCAGAGCGUCUGGAUCAUUUUACGUGGUCAGAGGCUGAUGUUGUUAAACCCCUUUCGGGUCCAGGAGAGCUUGCUGCUGAAGAGACUCCUGCAGAAUCAAAUGGUUCCAGCGGUCACUCUGCAAAAGGCUCUGCAAGUAACAGAAAGAGGUUUAGGGGGACGGGACUACAUGGAGACUUUGCGCAACAUGGAGAAAGCCAGCCCCGAUGUCAACGGCAGGAUGUUCAUCUCCGACCCGAGACUCGUGGCCAACGGAUUUCAAAUCAGAGUCACGCCAGGCGCCGUGUCCACCGACGGACAUCUGGAAGUGACGGCGCUGGCCGACUGCGUGCCUUUCCUGGGCUUAGAGGACCUCGGGGAGAUCGUGACGGCGGUUCUUCGCAGGAAGGCCGAAUCCGUCCAGGAGUGUCGCCCGCUCAAAGUCUCCAACUACCUGCAGACCGAAGCCGUGCGACUGGCCCGACAGAUGCCGACGCGUUUGUCCGAGGAGGACGUGGAGGACAUCCUGAGACGGAUGCAAGAGCAGCUCGGUGAGAGCGAGCGCACCUGUUUGCACGGAAGGCCUUUCCUCCAGCCGCUGUGUGACGUCCCUCAGACGGAGCGCCAGGCCAAAGGACUUUUUCAACCUUUGGAACUGUGAAGGUAGUAUUUUAAACAUGAACACAUCAUUGUUUACAACUAACCAUCAAUUUGACGAUGUACUAUUACGGAGCGUGCAGGACAUGACAUAAACAAUUAUGGCUCCCCCUUGAAGACUUUUGCAGAUGGAUGCUAAAAUGUCAUUGAAGGAAAAUUGUCACGUGGUAAAUGUAAUAAAGCUCUGUAAAGUA